GUUGGGCAAGGUUGAUUGGGUGUCCUCUGUUCAUGUUGGCUUUCUUGGCAUCUGAUGCGUAGUGCAUAGCAUAUUCACAAUCACAACACUGGCUCUUUUGAAACUCUAGUUAAUAUUAAGUGAGCGUUUCAUCAGAACCCAAGUCAUCGGGUCUCACAGUACAGUGCUAAUGCUCACUGUCAGCUGGCUGGAGAGUUAGCGAUGUUUCUUCACCUGUGUUUCAUGAGGAAUGGAUGUGUUUUGGCCGCUCCUCGAGGGUUGAUGUAAUCCCCGUUCAGUGUGCUGUUUAUCCUGGAUGAGUACUGAUUUAUCUUCUCUCUCCUCUCCGUCUUUAAACCGCGCCUGAUGUCUGAUGAAAGCCAGCUCCAGCCCGUUCUGUCGGAGGUGCAGGGGGAACAAACCAAAUCACCCCUGAUCUGUCUCCAGAGACCCUUCAGCUCGCGGCGCCACGACCCCCAGCAGCCACCGCUGGCCCGCGAGUGCACCGCAAGCCCAGCGAGAGCCACAGUGGGCAGCCGGCGCGCGGCAGCAUGGAGGUGGGCAUGCGCGUGGUGCGCGGCCUGGACUGGAAGUGGGGGAACCAGGAUGAAGGAGAGGGGCAUGUGGGCACGGUGGUGGAGAUCGGCCGGCAGGGCAGCACCACCACACCGGACAAAACUGUGGUGGUGCAGUGGGACAGCGGAACGCGCACCAACUACCGCACCGGAUACCAGAACGCCUACGACCUGCUGCUGUACGACAAUGCACAGAUCGGUGUCCGACAUUCGAACAUCAUCUGUGACAGCUGUAAGAAGCACGGCAUCAUGGGAAUGCGCUGGAAGUGUAAGGUGUGCUUCGACUACGACCUGUGCACUCAGUGUUACAUGAACAACAAGCACGAGCUGACGCACGCCUUCGAGCGCUACGAGACGGCGCAUUCGCACCCAGUGAGCUUGACGCCAAGACACAACCUGUCCAGAAUCAUCCUGAAAGGAAUCUUCCAGGGGGUGAAGGUGGUGCGGGGGCCCGACUGGGACUGGGGCAACCAAGACGGAGGUGAGGGGAAGGUGGGGAAGGUGGUGGAUAUUCGUGGAUGGGAUCAGGAAUCAGGUCGUAGCGUUGCUAGUGUCACCUGGUCCAGCGGAACCACAAACGUGUACAGAAUGGGCCACAAGGGCAAGGUGGAUCUGAAAUACGUGUCGGAUGUGCAGGGAGGAUACUACUACAAGGAGCAUCUGCCCAAAUUAGGCGAGCACGCGGAGCUGCAGCGGCAGGACAGCGCAGACAGUCACUCGUUCCAGCAGGGUGAUAAGGUCAAGUGUCUGCUGGAGGUGGAGAUCCUCAGACAGAUGCAGGAGGGUCACGGCGGCUGGAACCCAAAAAUGGCGGAGUACAUCUCCAGAAUCGGCAGCGUGCACAGGAUAACGGACCGCGGGGACGUGCGCGUCCAGUACAGUAACAACAUCCGCUGGACCUUCCACCCCGGAGCCCUGACCAAGGUGAACACGUUUGCCGUGGGUGAGCUGGUGAAGGUGCUGGAUGACAUUGACAGUGUGAAGAGACUCCAGGUGGGCCAUGGAGAGUGGACAGACAGCAUGGCUCCAGCUCUGGGUCAAGUCGGGAAGGUUCUGAAGGUGUAUGCAGACGGUGACCUGCGCGUGGCGUUCGGAGGUCAGACGUGGACCUUUAACCCCGCGUGUCUCUCUGCGCAGCCUGGUGAGGUCGACGCCAAUCUGAUGACGGCUGAGAACUCCAGCGAAUCAGGAAGUACGGUCAUUUCAGUCCUGGAGAAGCUGCUCUCUCAGUCCACGGAGCAGGAUCAUCCGGGCCGGCUGGUCAUCGAGGCGGCUCACGGGAACGUCGUUAAAGUGCGUGAACUGGUGCAGAAAUACCCUGACAAGGUGGAUAUUAAGAACCAGGGGAAGACGGCUCUGCAGGUGGCCGCCCAUCAGGGGCACAUGGAGGUGGUGAAGGUUUUGCUUCAGGCCAACAGCAGCAUUGAAACUAAAGAUGAGGACGGAGAUGCUGCGCUACACUACACAGCAUUCGGGAAUCAGGCAGAAAUCACACGCUUGCUGCUCAGUAAAGGAGCCAGUGUGAACCUGCUGAAUAACUCCAUGUGUACGGCGCUGCACAUCGCUGUCAAUAAAGGCUUCACGGAUGUGGUGAGAGUGUUGACGGAGCACUUGGCAGACGUCAACCUGCAGGAUUCAUAUGGAGAUACACCCUUACAUGACGCCAUUGCCAAAGACUUCAGGAGCAUAAUUGAGAUCCUGACUGUGGUGCCCAACAUCGAUUUCACGCAGCAGAACAACCGCGGCUUCAACCUGCUGCACCACGCCGCUCUGAAGGGCAACAAACUAGCGACGGAGAUGAUCUUGGCUCGAGCGCGACAGCUGGCUGACGUUAAGAAGGAAGAUGGUUUCUCUGCUCUGCAUCUGGCCGCCUUGAACAACCACCGGGAUGUAGCUGAGAUUCUCCUCAAAGAGGGUCGCUGUGACAUCAACAUCCGCAACAAUCGCAAUCAAACACCGCUGCAGCUGGCCGUGACUCAGGGUCACGUGGCUCUAGUAGCCCUGCUGGUGACCGAGGGGGCAGAUGUCAAUGCAGAGGAUGAGGAUGGAGACACGGCCAUGCACACGGCUCUCAGCCGCCAGCAGCUGACCACCGUCAUGAGCAGCGGCGAGGGCGAAGGAGCGGUGCUCUACGGCAGGUUGUGUAGCUCAGGGCUGAUGGGAAACACGGAGCUGAACGUAGGAGCUGCUAUCGCUUGCUUCUUGGCACAGGAAGGGGCCGAUAUCAGUUAUGCCAACCAUAAAGGUAAAAGCCCACUGGACCUGGUUACAGACAGCAGCGUACAAACUCUCAUCAGGAGCUUCGCAGAAAAACACAGGCUUCAAGCCGUCACGUGUGGCACGGGCAGCAGCAGCAGCAGUCUCAGGCGAGUACACACUACGCCCAACACCAUGACCAACCUGGCCAUGCCCAGCGUGACGGGCCCCAGCGAGUGCCUGAUCUGCUCCGAGCUCGCACUGCUGGUGCUGUUCUCUCCAUGUCAACACAGCGUCGCCUGCGAGGAAUGUGCUCACAGAAUGAAGAAAUGUAUCCGGUGCCAGGUGACAAUAACAAAGAAAAUUCGACAAGCAGACCAGACGGAGGUGGAGUGCAGCCCCAGCUCAGAGAACUCGGAGAAGCACAACCUGCUGGAGCAGCUGCAGUCGCGCUACAGACAGAUGGAGGAGCGCAUCACCUGCCCCAUCUGCAUCGACAACCACAUCAAGCUGGUGUUCCAGUGCGGACACGCCUCCUGCAUCGACUGCAGCGCCGCGCUCAAGACCUGCCCCAUCUGCCGGCAGACCAUCCGCGAGAGGAUCCAGCUGUUCGUGUGACGGCUCUCCUGUCCGUCCUGUCCUGAGCCUCGUCAUUCAGCCAUGAAGCACUGGAUGGCCAACCAAUGGCUGCGUUUUGGGACCUGGUUUUGGAUUGGUGUAGUCCUCUGAGUAGCAUGUGGACAUCUGCUCCCACCACCUACAGUAUUACCGAGUGAAGAGGAGCUUAUACACUUCGUGCCGCUGAAGAGCUAGAUUAUAGCGAACCGUAAAGCAUACCCAGCAUGCAACGUGAGCUGACGUGUCACGCUAAAAGCAUCUCACGAAACCUGUAGGACCUGGGCCAUAUUUCACACUAAAAUCCACAGGAAGAAAUCAUGUUGUGCAGGAAAAAGAAGAUAUUGAGAUAUUUAGUGCUGCAAAAAAAUUAUUUGAUUUUGUGACAUUCUUACCUUCAGUGCUCAAAAUAUUAAGUGUUUAUGCAUCAUGGUAGUGCAGUAUUUGUUUUACUCUAGCUUUAAUUUAUGCCAAUAGAAACGUUUUUACAGAGAAUAUAAGGAAUAUUAAUUCUCCUAGAUUCAUAAUGUAAUUUAUUGCUUUUGUUCGUGUGAUUUUAGGGUGAAAUAUGACCUGGUUGGUUUCCAUCAGAUCCCACCAUAUACGGUGAUCCAGGGCUUGCUGCUUCAAACACUAACUUCAUUCUGAGCCAAAUCUGAUGUACAUUAAAGAGCAGCACUUCAUCGCUCGUGUCUCAGCGUCCCUGAGAAUGCCGUCGUUUGUCUGAGGGUGAUGUCUUAACUCUCGCAGAGCUAGAACUUACACAAGCUUUCCACGAGCAACAGAUAUACAUAAUGCAUGCUGGUGAGCGUAUUAUCUGCGUCAUAUAUUGUGUCACGAAUACCAUUUGUAGUGUUAUAAGUGCAGACGAGCUGUAAUUUUUACCCAUGUGUGAUAAAGGCUCAGUGUCUGUGCGAGGGUCCGACUGAAAGACUCUUAAUAGCAUAAUAGUAGAUUUCAUUUGUGGCAGCAAAGGUGCUGAAUGCUUCCUAAUACUAGGAGUUCUUUAGUUUUUCCUCAGGUUUAUGCAAGUCAGUUCAACUCAAAAUGCAAGAAAUCACCCUCUGUAAACUUUAUUAAACAUGCAAACUUAUCCACUGGCAUUGCAUGACAUUAUAUAAAGAGUUUAUUAGCCUAAUAUCUCCCAAAGUAAUGCUUUGCCUAAAUGUAUUCUGAGAUUGACAUCACUUGUUUUGAACAAUGAAUUGGGAACUGUAGGUGAUUGCACCGAGAGAACCUGUAGAAUUUACAAAUUUGCCAUUUAAAGAAAUCAUCACUGCUGUCAGUAUUUUAGUUUAUGUGUAUGGGUGUGUGUGUGUGUGUGUGUGAGUGAAACACAAUGUAGAAUUUAUGAAAGAGUCGGCAUAUAAGGUAACUCUUUCCCAUACACCAGUUCAAAUGUCUGUCAAGCUCCAAAAAAAGGACCAUCAUCCAAAUUGUGCGGUGGUGGUGGUGUAAGGAUACUUAAAAAUGCUUGAUAAAUAAUAAGAAGAAGAACAGCAGGAGUCUGCAGUGGCAGGAGGGUGAGUAAAUAAGAGAACCGUCAUUUCUGAGAGAACUACUUCUGUAUUGAUUAUUGUAUUUCGCCUGCUAUUAUGAUGUGAAAAAUGUGUUAGAAUGGCAGUUGGGUGUGUUUUGUCAGAAAGUGUAUUUCACCAUUGCUAGUUGAAAUAAUUUCCAUGUUCUCCGUAUCCAACAUGAAUUAGGCCUGUGAGUACUUCAGCAUCGGUUCAUAUUCCUCAUGACGUCUAAUUGUCCAUCGAGUGUUUUUGUUCCAGAAGGGCUUUACUGUGAGUUUAUUUACGUGUCAUUCUGUGAUGGGCUCUUUUUAUAGCUCCCUCUUUUGGGAUAGCCAACACAAACAUGUCGAUUUGAAUGUCUCGCUGUACGCCAACCGCUGCAGAGUUUUGCCGUUUGUAAGAAAUGCGGUGGCGGUAUUAGUGCCAAAAUUUGUCUGUGUGUGUGUGAGAGAGAGAGAGAGAGAGAGAGAGCACACAUGUGUACAAGAGCAUUGUGUCCCUAUGAAGCCUUUGUACAGGGCUGGACAUUUCUAAUGUGUUCAAACUGAAAGUUUGUGUAGUUCUUUUGCUUUUUGGAUUGAGAGAACAGUGGUUUCAUGUGACAGUCAGCCGUGACUUGUUAGAAUAGAAGGAUGGUGUGUUGUCUAGUUUUAUUAGCUUAUCUGCUAACAGCUCACAAGACACAACAGCUGCACAGAAGCCAUCAGUUCUACUCAAUAUUACUGUUAAUUCACUACACUUGCUGUUUCGUACAUUAUUCCUGUUUACGUUGGUUAUUAUAAGUAUCCUGACGUUGUAUAUGGCAAAAACAUGCCAUAAAUGUACCAUCAUGCAUUGUGGCAUCAUUGGCUGGUGCUAGAAUCAAAACUGGCUCCAUUUCUCCAAUAGUCAAAAGUCAAAUUAACAUCGGAAACAGUAAUUUUGAAGAGAAAUAUAGAAUUCAGUCACAAUGUUUUUGUUGUUGUUAUUUGAUGGUCUCUUCGUGUAGAAUAUUGACAAUCCAGAAUUCAUCUAGAAAUGUUAAUUUGUUUAGAUAGUUUUAAUAAUAUUGUCUGUGCUGUACAUAAUCAUCAUUCAAAAGUAAAGAUAUAUGUGAGUUGUCAGCAGGUAAGGGCAAACACAUGAUAAUGAACUACAAGUGGUUUUCUGAUUUUACUUUAAGGAAAGUGUAUUUCAAAUUAUUUAAGCAAAAAAAUGUUACAAAUUGUUUAUACAGUUCAUUACGUGGAGUUCUGAUGUUGGCCUUACUGUCCAUUUCCUAUAUUUAUUUUGUUGUUUUUGUCACCAUUUUUUUUUUUUUCAAGUUUUACUCUGUAAAAAUAUUUUGCAGUAAAUAUUGACCUGUUUUAUAAGCAUA